AUGUUCCGAUCAACUGCUCUUCCUUCUCUCAAAGCCAUCCGAGUACCUGCUCAAACUAGAUCAUUCGUAUCUAAAGCUCAACUCGUAGGUAGAUUAGGUGCCGCUCCCGAGAAAGGUACCACCAGUUCUGGGCAAGAGUACUUCAGAUACAAUCUUGCUGUCACUAAACCCCCUAGGAAGGAUGCUGAAGGUAAACCCGUCCUCGACGAACAAGGUUAUCCCGUACGAGAUUCGAGCUGGUUCACCGUCUUCAACUUCAGAGAGAGAGCUGCUGAAUCUCUCGAAAGAUUACAACCUGGUUCUUUGCUUUACGUAGAGGCUCAAAUCGACACCAUCACCACCCCUCCCGCUGGUGAUCAACCUGGCUCAAAGCAAUAUGUCUUCCGAGAGAACUCUCAUAGAGUACUCUCCAAACCUAAGUCUGAGUAA